CAACGGAGGACCCUUGGAGCGAGUUGGUAGCGUUCAUUUAUAAACUCGGUGGUUGUUAGGUGCGAGGGCUGGUUUGGGAUUCACCGCUAAUCUUGGAUAGUCUCAAACAAGCUUUGGGGUGUCUGCAUGACGCGUCCGCAAAAACUAAAUUCAAUUCAAAUUACUGUUGUUAAAAGUAAUAUAAUAAUCUUGAAAUUAAUAGCCUAUAAUAAUAAAAAAGUAGAGAAACUGUAAGCAAAGAUGAUUAGAAUAGCGAUGGAACAUGUAAAGAAGCAUCCAGGGCUCAUCCCCCAGUUCUUCUUCAUCUUGUUGGGAAUGGGAGGAGCCUCCUUGUAUUUGGUCCGUCUUGCAAAGGGGCCCCAUGUCACCUGGAACAAGAAGAACAACCCUGAGCCCUGGAAUCAGCUUGACCCUACCUACCAGUACAAGUUUGUGGCCAUUGACACUGACUACAAGAACCUGAAGAAGGAGGGACCUCAAUUCUGAGUAUCUUCCCUCUUGUCCUAACGGCACCAGGUCCAACCCGAAGAAUGUCACUGAAGAAUUCAAAUAUGUGAAAUAUUAUUCUCUCAAUGCUUCUAUACGAAUAUUUGAAGUUAAAUUUGAUCAUCAAUAUUAUGGAUCAAUCAAUUUGCUUGUUUGUUUUAUCAUAAACACUUCAUUGUUAGUUUGGCUGUCACUAAAUGUAACAAUGAAUGUGCACGUUAUGAUAAGA